UCCAUCUCUUCUUGCUUUUCUGCUUCGAAAUACUUAAUAUCCUUGCCGUCCCUCUAAAGAAGGGGCCGGUACUGAUGUCCCUUGAGCAUAUAAACUCGCCUCGCCAGAGAUGAUCCACGAAGAGUUAUCCACUGACAUGGACAGGAUCACGCAGCUACAGGAUGCCAUUUUAGAUCUCUUAACGAUCACCUCCACUUCCGUCGAAUACAUCACCAAGCGAACCCAGUUCGAACAGACCUCCAAAUCUAUACCUACCACUUUGACCACAGCAAAUGCCGCGAGUCGGGAGGAUUACAAAGCUGCCAUAAGCGCCUUCGUCGCCGAUAUCAUCCGCCGCUCAAAAGAUAUACAACAACUUAUCGACGUGCUUCCCAAACCUGGAGACUCUUCCCAGCGGGCUGAGAGACUCCAACGCCUCCAAGAAGAGAUAAAGGUUGCAAACCAAGAGUAUAAGGAUGUCCUUGAGCAAUCCAGUAUGUGUCGAUAACUCUUUCCAACAACUAGUAAAGGAACUCCAA